AUGAAUAGCUUUAAUCUUACGAAUUACAGUGCAUUUAGCAGUAAAAAUGCUUCACCUUUAAUGAAAUAAAAGUAAGAUGCACCUUCCAAAAUCCCCUAGAUUGGAUUAUCACACUAUGGAAAUGUAUUCACUCCGCAUUCAGCUAUACAAAGCCCAGUUACAUCAAUGAGAUUUGCUUCUAGGGGAGGAACUCCUAUGACUACACUAACUUAAACAUUUUAAAGCAGUUCACAUUUGGACGUUGAAAAGAAUAUUUCUGAGUUUUACUAAUCUCAAUACUUAAGUCCAGUAAGAAGUUAGAUAAACCUUCCAAAUGAGGCUGAUGAUAGAAUCAAAAAGAUAAAGAUGAUGUGCAAUAUAUAGCAACAUGAACUGCAGAAGACAUUUUAAUCAUAAUCAUUGCCAGUUUUAAAAUAGAUAUAAUCCAUGAAAAGACUUUGGAAUAAGCUUGAACAUCAAGAUGUAAGACCUGAGAACGAAAUGAGAGAUACAACGUACAAAACUAUCUAAGAGAGUAACAUGUUCUUAGAUAACAAUAAAAUUGUGCAUGGAAAGAUUGAAUUGUAAAUGAAACAAAACUAGAAGUAAUUACUAGAGAAUAUAAUAAAGAUGUAAAAAUAGCACGACUGGAAUUAGUAACGAAUGCCUAAAGUAAAAAAAUCUUAUAAGUUUUUCUCAAGAAGAGCUUCAAAUGAAGGUAAUUCUCCAAAUAAAAUUAUUUCUUUUGAAUUGGAUGAGGAAAACUAGUAAAAUGCAGGAGCAAAACUAAUGGAAGAUAUUAGAGCUCGUAGAAGGAAUAAAACAUAAUAAGGUAAAAUAGAAAAUUCUGAGAAAAAUGAUAAAAGUGAAGAUGAUAUUAAAAAAGUAGACCAUGUCAGAUAAGAACUUGGAAGGUAGUAAUCUAUACAGUUGACAAAAAAAGAAUUAGAAGUGAUAUCUUGCCAUUGGGAAAUUAAAGAAAACAUAUGGUUUCCACCAAUCAGAAUAGCUUCUACACUGACUGAAAUUGGGAAGAAAAUUAUCAUGUUUGGAGGAUAUAGUAAAUCUUCACUUAAUGAUGUUUAUCAAAUUGACGUGGUAACUGCUAAAUGGGCUCCGGUUGAUGUCAAGUCAAAGAGACCUUUAUAAAGAUAUGGACAUACUGCUGGCAACUAUCGAAAUAAAGUAUUGAUAUUCGGGGGUGAGUAUAAGUAUAAUCCUGAGGUAAAAAUGAGGGAAACUUUGUGUGAUUUAUGGUCCUUUGAUUUCAAGAGAGGAGAGUUUACUUAGAUUCAUGCUGGCAAUAAACUGAUAUGCGAACCUAGAAAGGAUCAUGUUAUGGCUAUCAUUGGUCACAAUUUAUUUAUUCAUGGCGGCUUGAAUACCAAGGGACAGAUAAUAAAUGAACCUGUAAUUUAUGAUAUUUAUUCAAAGGAGUGGCAUCGAAUAACAAUAAAAGGGGAGAGCCCCGGUGAAUUAGCUUUCCAUUAAUGUGCAGCAGUAUAUAAAAAAGAACGUUAUCUUAACUAAGCUUUUGGAAUCUUCAAGCAUCCAGAUAUACAGUAAUCUAUGAUGUAAAAUCCUUAAGGAGGAAUACGGCAAGAGGGAGUUUAUAUUUUCGGAGGAAAAAACUCAAAAGGAUUCCCAACAAACACCUUAACUAUGCUACUUACUGGAAAGUCUUAUCUUGAAUGGAAAAAGGUGGAGACAAAGGGAAAGCCACCUUGCCCUCGUUAUUCUCAUUCAAUGAACUUUUCGUCUGAGCAAAAUAUCUUAGUUUUAUUCGGAGGGAGAUCUGAUGUCAAGAGUAAAAGUUAAAACAGAUAGCAAGUAAUGAAUGAUGUCUGGAUUUUUAGUCUGUAUACAAUGACAUGGUAUGAUGUCAACAUAACUGGCUUAGUGCCUUAAGAGAGAUUCUCUCAUUGCAGUACUAUUUCUGGAACAUCUUUAAUUGUAUUUGGUGGUAUCAAUAAAAAUUUCUGUUCUGCUUAGUUAAAUGUUUUAGAACUGGAUCCAAUAUACUCUAGAAAAUUAUAAGCCAAAUAAAAAUACUUUAAGUCUCCCAAAGAAAUCAUAAUGGAUGAUGAAGAGUAUUUCAAAUUAGAUGAUAAUUAAAAUAAGCAUGGGAUUGACUCUAAUCGACCCUUAAGUAUUCAAUAAAAUAGCGACAUCAGAUUGCUAAGCAUAGACAGAUUUGAUAUGUAAUUUAGCGAGAAUGAUUGA